AUGGAACGCCGAAACUCAACAAGCAGCCCCGUCUCCCCAUCCUCACCAGCAAACCUCCUCCCCCGGAUCAUAGCAGAUCUCCUCUCAACAACAACCCACCAACCCUAUAGAAAUCAAGUCCACCCAUACUUCCAACCCGUCCUCGACCACCUCCAGCAACGCCUCUCCCCGCUCGUCUCAGUAACAACCGAAGAAUAUCACCCCGACUUCCCAGAAACCUUACUAGCCUACAAUGUCCUGACAAUGGAACAACUCGAUGACCUCGCCCGCCACUUCCACCAGGUCUACCCCCCUCUGCCCGUCUCAAAGAAAUACCCUUUUCCUAUCCAGCCUUGGAUCGGGACACCUGGAGAGAAGGAUGUUGAUCUUGAGACUAGGCGCAGGCGGUUUGGGAAGUUUAUUGGGUUGCAGGGCUGUGAGUCGCCUAUUCGGGCAAGGUUUGGGUGGGAGCAGGAGCGGGAUGAGUGGAACGAUGAGAUGGAUGAUGUUGAUGAGGCAGAUAUUAUGGUUGACAAUAAAGAGACUGGGGAUGUAGAGAUGGAAAUGGGGGAGUCGGAGAAGGAGAUGCUUGAGCGCAUGGAGAGGGAGUGGCAGGAUGGUCUUGGGAGGGAGUGGGAGACCCAGGGUCAUCUUUGGAAUAUGAAGUGA